CGUAUAUCAGCAAAUCACAACCCUUCAAAGCAACCACAACUUCCUGUUAGUAUUGAAUCAUGGCGCCUGGAGGUUCGUUUGUGUGGACAGACCGCGAGGUUGAACUACUAUUAAAUACCGUGUUGGAGUACAAAGUUAAUAAAACUCAGGAAAAUGUCGACUGGGAAUCCUGUCAGAACAAGUAUGUUGAUAUUUUAGCGCUUUUUUUAGAGCAUUACCCAACGGAGUCCUCCGACGAGUUUCCCCAUUCACAUGCCGACAUCACGCGCGGGAAUUUAACAACAAAAAUGAAAGCAGUCCGAGGUAAAUAUCGCCAUGCUGUUGAUACAGGACGCAGGAGUGGACACGGUCGAGUGGUUCUUCUGUACUUCGAACUGUGCGAACAAAUCUGGGGUGGCUCUCCAGCUAGUACUACCAUAUCCUCCGGUAUUGAAACAGCUGACCUGGAUCAUUCUCGGACCCUACCCUCACCAUCCACAUCUUCUUCCUCCACUACCAUGGAUGUAGCAGACACAGGGUCUGAUAAUGAAAGCAGUGUGGGUCCUACUUCAAAGGAGAGGAGAGACCUGCUUGAUGCAAAACUAAAAGGACACAGACACGACCGUCUGAGGAGAAAGCUGCCUGCUGAGACCCAGUGGCUGAAUGCUCUUGAGGAAGACCAGCGUGUGAAAAAGAGACUGGUGGAAAUCAUUGAGACAUCAGAACAAAAAGCAUCCGAAAACUAUUCAAAAAUGUCCAAUACACUGGAAAGACUUACCACAUCGAUUGUUGAUGGGUUUUCUCUUCUGAAACAGGUCAUUCAUGCACCUGCACAACCACCACACUACAUGCCAUAUGAGCCAAGAGGUCCGAUGUAUUCGCACACAAUGGCCCACCAUUCUGUCCACCAAAACUCAGCAAAUUACCCAUACCCAAACAACUCCACUUCUGACAGAACACGUCAAAACACAAGACCAGGAAACACUAUGAACACUGAAGCUGUGUUCCACACACCUGCUGAAGCCACUGACCAAUUUUCAUUCAGUCAGGCCCUUUUUAAUGACCAGUAGAGUACUGUUUUAUACAUCGAAACAAGUCUGGUACAGUUAAGUAUAUACAAGUUCCACUUUUGCACAAGGUUGCACACA